AUGACAACAACUCGACUUGUGUUUGCCUCUCGCCACGCUGGUCGUCGACUGCUACCAGUAGUGGGGAGCCGUGUUACCCCCAUUAUUGGUGCUGCCGCGUUGUCGUCAGCAGAUCAUGUGGUUGUACCCAUCAUCAGUGGCAGAAGCACAACACCAAUAUCCACCCAUCGAACUUUUGCCACGAACCAUUCGUGUCAGUCCAACAACUACUACAAACUUGACAACAACAACAAUUCUCGCUACUUGUCUUCGGCAGCACUCGAAGAUCAUGACUCGGAUCAUGACAGCAGUAAUAAUAAUCCAAUCAUCCCCUUCAAACUAGCCGAUAUUGGAGAAGGCAUCAAGGAAGUGGAGAUAUUGCAAUGGUUCGUGCAAAAGGGUGACACGGUACAACAAUUUGAUCGCAUUUGCGAAGUCCAGAGCGAUAAAGCGACGGUCGAAAUUACCAGUCGGUACGACGGACUCGUCACGGAAUUGGCCGGUGGCAAUGUCGGUGACAUGGUUCAAGUCGGCGAUGCGCUCUUGCACAUUCAAGUAGAAGGAGGAAACGCUAGUACUAGUAGUGAUGCUGCUACUGCCAAGAGCAGCACGGCUGCUACUCCCGAAGAAAAGUUGCACAGUCACGACACGGCCGAUCAACAAUUGCGCAUUCCUCAUGUGGCAUCUCAAUUUCAUUUGGAAUCUGAUGAUGCCGCCACCAAAACUACUGCUACCCAGAGUCAGCCUCCACUACUGACAACAACUAUUACCUCUGGCAAAAAGGUUUUGGCUACUCCGGCCGUACGAAAAUUGGGCAUGGAAUACAAUCUGGACCUAUCGACAUUGGUGGGAACCGGACCACAAGGGCGCGUCCUCAAAGCAGAUGUCCUUACCUUUUUGCGAGAAAGUGGUCGCAUGGAUGGUCCUGCCAGUAGUAGUGUGGACCCAACAAGUGCUCCAACCGUAACGACUCCUUCUCUGUCAUCCACCCCUACUGCUUUGCUGGAGGAUGAAGUCAUUACUCUGAAAGGCUACCAUCGUCUCAUGAUUCAAACCAUGACCAAAUCACAAGAGAUUCCUCACAUGGGAUACACGGACGAAUUCAACGUGACCAAAUUGAUCGAUUAUCGCAAAGACAUUAACGCUGCCCACAGCAGCAGUGACGACAAGAUUUCCAUUUUGGCAUUCUUUCUCAAGGCCACGUCCCUGGCAUUACUCGAAUAUCCCAUUGUCAAUGCAUCGUGGCAGGACGACGUGUCGACGGCAAAAGUCACGCUGUGGAAAAAUCACAAUAUCGGCGUCGCCAUGGACACGCCGCGGGGGUUGGUGGUCCCCGUGGUGCGCCAUUGUCAAGAAAAGUCGUUGGUACAGAUUCAACACGAUCUCAAUGUCCUCAAGGAAAUUGCCGCCGCGGGCAAGUUGGGCGAAGAACACUUGACGGGUGCCACCAUUUCCAUGUCCAACAUUGGCAGUGUCGGUGGCGGGACCUACAUGAAUCCAUUGAUUGUGCCACCACAGGCGGCCAUUGGAGCCAUGGGAGCCUUGCAGACAUUGCCGCGAUUUGAUGCUGAGGGCAAUGUCGAGGCAGCCAAGAUUAUCAAUAUGUCGUGGGCGGGGGAUCAUCGCAUGAUGGAUGGUGCCACAUUGGCGCGGUUCAGUAACCGAUGCAAGGAGUAUCUGCAAGACCCCGUUCGCAUGCUGGUGUCCAUGAAGUAG